UGUUGCUCAUACUCAUGCUGCUGCUGCUGCCGCUGCUCGGCCUGGGGCUGGCUAAAAAACAAAAGCCACUGGACUCUUGGCAAAAACACUACUAUCAGUCGCUCUGGCCAAUGAAAGUUCGGUUCACCACAACGCCACGACCGGGCCGCACUCCGGAGCCGCUGGAGAUGCGCAAGGUCUUUCCCUGUUUCUGCUACACGCCCAAAAUCGAAAGCGAAGCCGACAAGGCUACUACCAAAAGCUAUGAGAAAUUUAUACAGGAACCCAAGGAAAUAUUUAUAGUAAAUUGAUGAUUAAACAAAACACUAAAUUGAUUGAAA